AUAAUAUGCCACAUUGUUUACAUAUAAAGAUCUUUAUUCAAAUAUAUAAAUUGUUCUGUGUUGAUAAACUCAACCAGCUACUUUUUUACAUAUAAUUUCUCCAGCCUUUGAAAACAUUCUCACACAAGGGACACUUGUUGCUGGCAUGCAUUUUUUGUAAGUAGCCUAAGUGUUACAUACCUAUGAGGAAAAAUUACUUCUUUUCAGUAAUUUAUAGUAUUUGAUCUUGCCAAAAACGCAUCUAUGAGGUAUUGUCAGUUUUGUUUCCUACCCUGUCAGUUUAAGAUUCGAAGCAGAUUCGACAGGUACGCCACCUUUCGAAAUACUUGUGAAAUGCACCGCUUGGUGUUUCGAAUCACUUCAUCACGUGACAUGGGUGUUUCGAAUCACAUUUCGGAGCAGUGUUUCGAAACAUUUACGCUUCGGGAUCUCGACACAGUGUCGAAACGUCAGUUUCGCGGGAGCCAUCCCUAGUUUUUCUCUCUUAAGUGUUUUAUUGAGUGUAAACAGAGUCUUGUCUCUGUGUAUUUUACUGUUGAUGAUGAGAGAUGUGAUGUGCUGUAAAUCAGGAACUGAUCAGGGCUUACAGGAUGAGGAAUCUACUGAUCAAACCUCCACAGAGUCUCUGGAUUCUGUCUGUAACGCUGGAGAACAGCAGCAGAUCCUGCAGACCAAACUCAAGAUGUGUUCAGUCAAACUCAUCGACUGCAGGAACCUCGUGAUGAAGAUGAGAAGAGAAACCACAGCAGGAGAAGAUCAAACUGAGGAAGAAGAGGAUUUUAUUUCUUCAGAUUUGAGAAGUGAUUCGUGUUCAGGUGGAGAAAUAACGUCCUCGACAUCAAAAAAGCGACGGACCGCACAAUCUCUUUCCUGCAUCACCUGUGGAAAGACAUUCACCUCACAUUUACAUUUAAAGAGACAUGAGGGAAAACAUACAGAACAUAAACUCUUCACCUGCAAGAGAUGUAAGAUCAGCUUUACUACCUUACAAGAAAAGGAACUUCAUUCACAAGAACACAGAGAGAAGAAGAUCAAGUUUGAGUGUCAGCAGUGUGGAAAGGUUUGUCUCAUCUUAUCUGAGUUGAAACGCCACAUGAGGACACACAUUGAUGAAAAGCCUUUUCACUGCACUGAAUGUGGCAAAUAUUUCAGCACCGAAGGAUAUCUUGAUGCCCAUAAGAAAAUUCACACAGGAGGAAAACCAUACGAGUGUCCUCACUGUGAGAAGAAAUUUGGCAAAAAAGCCCAUCUGAUGAGACAUGUGCUUAUACACACCAAUGAGAAACCGUAUCAGUGCAGUGAAUGUGACAAAGCCUUUAGGGAUUCAGAUUCAUUAAAAUCGCAUCAGAAAAUUCACUCUGAGGAGAAACACUAUUAUUGUUUACACUGUGAUAAACGUUUCAGUCAUAAAUGUAGUCUUAUAGUCCAUGAGAGACUUCACACUGGAGAGAAACCUUUUCGCUGUACUGUUUGUGGGAAGAGUUUUCGUCAAAGUGGCAGUUUAUUGUCACACCAGAAAGUUCAUACAGGUGAAAGACCUUACAAUUGCUCUCAUUGUGAGAAGACGUUUGCUCAUUCAUCUCACUUUAAAGCCCAUCAAAGACUUCACACUGGAGAGAAACCUUAUUGCUGCUCUCAUUGUGGAAAGAGCUUCUCGGAUCCAUCUUGUUUUAGAGUUCAUCAAAGAGUUCACACUGGAGAGAAACCUCAUCACUGUGAUCUUUGUGGGAAGAGUUUCAGUCGACAUGACAGUUUAGUGACACACCAGAAAGUUCAUACAGGUGAAAAACCUUACAAAUGCUCUCAGUGUGAGAAGACGUUUGCUCAGUCAAGUUACUUAAAAAUACAUGAGAGAGUUCACACUGGAGAGAAACCUUACGUCUGCUCGAUCUGUGGAAAGAGCUUCUCUCAAUCAUGUUAUUUUAAACUUCACCAGAGAAUUCACACUGGAGAGAAACCUUAUCACUGUAAUGUUUGUGGGAAGAGUUUUAAUGUACAACAGAGUUUAGUGCUGCACCAGAGAACUCAUACAGGUGAAAAACCUUACAAAUGCUCUCAUUGUGACAAGACAUUUACUAAUUUAUCAUCCGUAAAAUCCCAUGAAAGGGUUCACUCCGGAGAGAAACCUUACGUCUGCUCGAUCUGUGGAAAGAAAUUUGGUUAUGCCAUAAGUCUUCAGAAUCAUCAGAAGAAACAUACUGAAGAACAGACUACACUGAAAAAAAUCGUAGUUUGUGUAUCCUUGGUGUUUUUCUCUCGUGAGUGUAAACAGAGUCUUGUGCCUGUGUAUUUUAGUGUUGAUGAUGAGAUGGAUGUGAUGUGCUGUAAAUCAGGAACUGAUCAGGGCUUACAGGAUGAGGAAUCUACUGAUCAAACCUCCACAGAGUCUCUGGAUUCUGUCUGGAACGCUGGAGAACAGCAGCAGAUCCUGCAGACCAAAAUCAAGAUGUGUUCAGUCAAACUCAUCGACUUCAGGAACCUCAUAAUGAAGAUCAAAACUGAACCUACAGAAAUAAAAACUGAACCUACAGAAAUACAAACUGAAACCACAGAAAUACAAACUGAACCUCCAGAAAUAAAAACUGAACCUACAGAAAUACAAACUGAAACCACAGAAAUACAAACUGAACCUACAGAAAUAAAAACUGAACCCACAGAAAUGAAAGCAGGACCUACAGAAUAUGAAGACAAUCAUAAUGAUGGUCAUCAUGAUUUUAUUCUAACAGAUGUGAAUAGCGAAUUAUGUUUGGAUGGAGAAAAAAAGUCCUUGACUUCAGCACAAAUUCAAGGGAAGAGGCAGUUUCACUGUCAGCAGUGUGGAAAAUGUUUUGACUUCUUAUCUCAUCUGAAAUCUCACAUGAAGACACACAGUGAUGAAAAGCCUUUGCACUGCACUGAAUGUGGCAAAAACUUCAGCACCAAAGAAAAUCUUGGGCUUCAUCAGAAAAUUCACACAGGAGAAAAACCAUACGAGUGUCCUCACUGUGAGAAGAGAUUUUCCUACGCAUACAGUUUAAAGUCACAUGUGUGUUUACACACUAAUAAGAAACCGUAUCAGUGCAGUGACUUUGGAAAAACCUUUAGGGAUUCAUUCUCUUUAAAGUCACACCAAACACUACACACUGGAGAGAGACCCUAUCAAUGUUCACAUUGUGAUAAAGUUUUUGCUCAAAAAUCUCAGCUGGUAUGCCAUGAGAGAGUUCACACUGGAGAGAAACCUUACGUCUGCUCUCACUGUGGAAAGGGCUUCUCUAGGCCAUCUAUAUUAACUGUUCAUGAGAAAAUUCACACUGGAGAGAAACCUCAUCACUGUGAUGUUUGUGGGAUGAGUUUCAGUCAAUAUUACAAUUUAGUGGCACACCAGAGAACUCAUACAGGUGAAAAACCUUACAAAUGCUCUCAGUGUGAGAAGAAGUUUACUCAGUCAGGUUCUUUAAAAAGCCAUGAGAGACUUCAUACUGGUGAGAAACCUUACCAAUGUAGUGUUUGUGGGAAGAGUUGUAGACAUCGUGUCAAUUUAGUGAGACACCAGAGAACUCAUACAGGUGAAAAACCUUACAAAUGCUCUGAGUGUGAGAAGACGUUUAAUCAUUCAAGUUCCUUAAAAGCCCAUCAGAGAGUUCACACUGGAGAGAAACCGCAUCGCUGUGAUGUCUGUGGGAAGAGUUUCGUUCAACACUACAAUUUAGUGUCACAUCAGAGAGUUCACACUGGAGAGAAACCUUACGUCUGCUCGAUCUGUGGAGAGGGAUUUGCUCAUUCUAGAAGUCUUCACAAUCAUCAGAAGAAACAUACUGAAGAACAAACUACACUGAAAUCAUCAUAGUGUUUUGAUGUUAGAGAGUCAGUCAAACCCAGCUGCUUUAGAUCAGGGGUUCUCCAGCGAUAUAUUUUUCUUAAACAGAAUACCGCUUUUAAAGACUACAAAGUACGGCCAGUUUGGACUACAGCCCUUUACUUCCUGGCUAAAUGCCCAUCUUUGUUUUGUUUUUUUUACCGUUGGAAGCGGAAAUGAUUAUAAAGGAAUGCAACAGAUAUUUUUGACCUGACACGAGGAGUUCUAGUGGGCUGAGAUAAAAGCUGAGAUAAUUGAAUUUUUGUGAAGGACUUUGAUAAUUUUUGCUGUUUGUCCUGAGGGGUUGCUUCCAGGUUUUAUAAGUUGGGUAAGGGCACCACCUGGUGGAUAACGGAAAUAUGGAUUGCCGUAAAAACUCAUCAUUUGCACGGAAAGAGUUAAAUGCAGUGUAAGUCACUAUGGAUAAAAACAUCUGCCCAAUACAUUAUGUUUGAUUUGAUAGAUCUGAGCAGAAACAUUAAUUUGUGUUAUUUCAUUUAUUAUCAAUUGUAUCACUCAUUUAUAUGAUAAUUUUAUCAUUCUCUUAUUUUUACUAUUCUUUUUAUAUUGCAUAAAUUGUAUUCAGUGUAGUUAUUUUAUUCUACAUUACUUUGCUUAAUAUUUCAAACUUAUUUUAGUGCUGUAUUGUUCUUUAAUUCUGACUUGAGUCUCCAAAGGUCUCCAUCUCAAGGUUUUUAUUAACGUCCUGAGAAUGUUGUGAAACAGUAAAUAUCCACUGUCUGUGUUUGGUACAAUAACACCUCCAAAAUCUGCUUCUAGUCGGACAAAGUUAGUCAGAGCUUUUUACAAUGAACCAUUAAGUUUUUAUUGCCUUAGAAUGAGACGUUUUUAUCUACAUACAACGAGGGUCCCCUUACGUAGAAGUCGCCAUUUUGUGCUGCCAUGUUUCUACAGAAGCCCUUAACGGACAAACUUUUUUUUACUAAGUUUACUAAGGCUAUCGUAGCUUCUCUAUGCGUUUGAAAAGCGAUGGGUGAGCAGUGGACUGAGCUGUUGGUUGCAAUUUGCAACCUUACAACUAGAUGCCGCUAAAAUUUACACACUGCAACUUUAACAUCUUAAUUCAACAUCACUUAUUCUCCAGUCUGCUGUUUUUAUGUCUGUUUUUAUCUAUGGUUGAGAUUCAUACUCUGAUUCUUGAUGUUUGU